AUGAAGUGCAGGAGUGUGUAUGCAGCCAUUGACUACUCGCAAGAAGUGAAGGCAUUCCAGCUUCCGUGGGUGGCGCCCGUGCCCCCCCAGGGCCCGUCAGAGGAGGAGGUGGCGAGGCGGGCGGCCAGCAAGGAGCGCGCGGGGCAGCGUCUAAGAGAUAAGAGACAUGGCAUACCCGUGCUGCCGUGCAGCAAGGAGCGCGCAUGGCAUACCCUAGUUUCCUGGCAGCUGCCGUGGGUGGCGCCCGUGGCCCCACAGGGCCCGUCAGAGGAGGAGGUGGCGAGGCGGGCGGCCAACAAGGAGCGCGCGGGGCAGCGGCUGCGAGACAUGGCGGCUGCUAAGCGGGCGGCGAAGCGGGCGGCGGAGCUGGAGGAGGUGGAGGGCGAGGUGGAGGGGUUGAGAGCGGUGAUCGAAGAUGUGGAGGACGGGGCGGAAGGGAGAGAGGCGAUCAUGUUGCUCUCCCGUGUGCGCUGUGCCACCCUGUCAGAAGCUCGAGCCAAGCUUGCCAAGAGCAUGGCCACUCUCAGGAAACUGAGGGGGGAGGAGGGCGAGGGGGAGGGCGAGGAGGGCGAGGGUGAAGGGGAGGAGAGGGAGACGGGGUCAGUGGCUGGUGGAGCAGAGGAGCAGGAUGAGUCGGUGCUUUACCCGCUGCUUGAUAUCCCGGAUGCAGAUCUGACGGCUGAGGAGCUGAGGGAGAAGCGGCGGCAGCGGACGAUGCGAGGGAUUGCGCUGGGGCAGGCGAGGAUGCGACAGGCAGCAGAGGAGAAGCGAGCUAAGGCGGCUGCUGAGAGGGAUGAAGAGGAGCGGAAGAGAAGGGAGAACCCAGAGGCAUAUGCAGCAGAGCUGAAGGCGCGGUUCCAACAGGUGCAGGCGGCCUUGGAGCAGAGGAAGCGGAGGAAGCUGGGAGCAGGGGGCGUGGUUCUUGGUGCCGCUGCGGCGUCGCCUUCAGUGGGAGGGGAAGAGUCUGGUGGGAAGGGCAUGGGAUCGGAAGGAGGUGCCAGUGGGGGAGAAGCGGUAGGAGGAGGUGGGGCAGCGGGAGCGGCAACAGGGGCAGCAGGAGGAGCAGCAGGAGCAACGGCAGCGAGUGCAGCAGGAGCAGGAGGAGGGGUUUCAGGAGGAGGGGUUUCAGGCUCCGCUGUCUCGUCUGUGCUCUCUCUCGCAGCGGCGGCAGCAGCGGCCGCGUCAGGCCAGGCUGUGAAGGGCGCCAAGCUAGACAUCACCCCCCUGGGGGGCCCUGCUGGUGGCCUUGCAGGGGGCACUGGCGUGGGGCUGGGAGGGGGCCUUGCUGGUAGUGUGGCUGGUGGGAGAACGGAGCGGAUUACUGCUGCGCACAGGGAGAGGAUGAAGCUUCUGACUGCUGCUGCUUUUGAGAGUGAUUUUGGGAUGUUUGACGAGGACUGGCUGGUGUAUAAGAGGAUGAGCGCUAAGGGCGUGGAGGAGGAAGAGGAGGAGGAGGCGGAGAGGGAGGCAGCAGAGCUGGAGAAGCUGAGAGCCAGGCUGCAGGAGGUGGACCCAGCCUUCCUAGUCUCCAUCAAUGCCGCGCCUGCUUCAACCACAGCUCCAGGCACGGCUACCAGCGUUCCCGGACCUUCGGUUCGGCAGCCCACCGACGCAGACUAUCAGAUCCGGCUCGGCGUGGAGCGCGUCCGGGCAGCUGAAAUUAUUUUCGAGCCGUCUCUGAUUGGGCUGGACCGGGCAGGCUUGGGCGAAAGUUUGGGUGCAGCUGUGAGAAGAACGGCCGAGGAGCUAAGGAGCAGACUAGUCCCGUUGUAUUCUAGAACCAAGUCAGCUAGUGGUGCUUUUGCGGUUGCCACUGCUGUUUCGGGCAUGGAAAACGUUCCGCCGAGCUUUCUCUUCCUGACCGGAGGAAGUUCGCUGCUGCCCGGAAUGAGGGGCAGGUUGGAGGCGGAGUAUCGGCAGGUGCUGCCAAUGGGGAGUGGGAUAAAGAUUGUGGAAGCCCGGGAUGUGUUCUGGGAUGCGUGGAGGGGAGCGGCAGCCAUGGCUGGGGAUGGGAGGAGAUUGCUGCGGCAGGCUGUGAGUCGGAAGGAGUAUGAGGAGCGUGGGCCGGAUGCGUUUCGACGGUAUAAGUUUGAGUACUUCUGA